AGAUACCAAGUUGUGCUAGUACAUCCAUAUAAAUAAUUAAUACCUGAAGUCUCAAUGUAACAUGGACAUUAACAGUGAUGACAGAUAAAUGCAGACGCUUGGGAAUCAAAUACUUGGUGAAACACUUUUAAAAAGUGUAUCAGGUUUUUAAGAAACACAUAUGCAUGAUCCUGUCUCUCUUAAUACUGGUAGAACUCAGCUAAAGGAUUUUACGAGGUUCUAGUAUUCUCCAUGGCUGAAGCUGAGAGUCUGAAGCCCUGAUGCUUAAGCUCAAUUCUAGAUCAUAGCUUCAACUCCUUCAGGAUAUAAGGAAAAGAGAUAAUAUUUCCACAAUGAUAGAUCUUUGGUUGUACAGGUUCCCCAAUGAGUGGAUCAUGAUGACCGUAUUGUAGGGACUUGCCAUAGUAUGGCUGCUUCCCGAUCUACUCGUGUUACAAGAUCAACAGUGGGGUUAAACGGCUUGGAUGAAUCUUUUUGUGGUAGAACUUUAAGGAAUCGUAGCAUUGCUCACCCUGAAGAAAUCUCUUCUCAUUCUCAAGUUCGAUCAAGAUCACCAAAGAAGAGACCAGAGCCUGUGCAAAUUCAGAAAGGAAAUAAUGGAAGAACUACUGAUGUAAAACAGCAAAGUACUCGAGAAUCAUGGGUAAGCCCUAGGAAAAGAGGACUUCCUUCUUCAGAAAAAGAUAACAUAGAAAGGCAGGCUGUAGAAAAUUGUGAGAGAAGGCAAACAGAACCUGUUUCACCAGUUUUAAAAAGAAUUAAGCGUUGUCUUAGAUCUGAAGCACCAAACAGUUCAGAAGAAGAUUCACCUGUAAAAUCAGACAAGGAGUCAGUAGAACCAAGGAACACAGUAGUGGACAAUGAUGCAGAUUUUCAAGGGACUAAACGAGCUUGUCGAUAUCUUAUACUGGAUGAUUGUGAGAAAAGGGAAAUUAAAAAGGUGAAUGUCAGUGAGGAAGGGCUACUUAAUUCUGCAGUAGUUGAAGAAGUCACAGGCUAUUUGGCUGUCAAUGGUGUUGAUGACCGUAAUUCAGCUGUUGUAAACUGUGAUGACUGUCAGCCUGAUGGGAACACUAAACAAAAUAGCACUGGUUCCUAUGUGUUACAGGAAAAAUCAGUAGCUGAAAAUGGGGAUUCGGAUACCCACACUUCAAUGUUCCUUGAUAGUAGAAAGGAGGACAGUUACAUAGACCAUAACGUGCCUUGCACAAAUUCAGAAGUGCAGGUCAAGUUGGAGGACCACAAAAUAGUAACUGCCUGCCUGCCUGUGGAACAUGUUAAUCAGCUGACUGCUGAGCCAGCUACAGUCCCCUUUUCUGAAAUUCAGUCAUCUUUAAGGGAUUCUGAGGAGGAAGUAGAUGUGGUGGGAGAUAGCAGUGCCUCAAAAGAGCAGUGUAAUGAAAACACCAGUAACGCCCUGGACACAAGUCUUGAGAAUAUGCCAGUCUCUGGAGAACCCGAACCAUCUUCUGUUCUAGACUGUGUUUCAACUCAAAUGAUGUCUUUAUCAGAACCUCAAGAACAUCGUUAUACUCUGAGAACUUCACCACGAAGGGCGGCCCCUACCAGAGGUAGUCCCACUAAAAACAGUUCUCCUUGCAGAGAAAAUGGACAAUUUGAGGAGAAUAAUCUUAGUCCUAAUGAAACAAAUGCAACUGUUAGUGAUAAUAUAAGUGUGUCUCCCACAAAUCUUCAUGAAAUUUCUCAGAAUGAAAAAGGGAUAUGCUGUGACUCUGAAAAUUAUGGGAGUGAAAGACUAAAUAAGCCAUCCUCAGAGGCAACACUCAAUGUCGGACAUUUGCCACCUGCCAAAGAGAGUGCCAAUCCGCACAUUACAGAAGAGGAAGAUGAUGAUCCUGAUGUUUAUUACUUUGAAUCAGAUCAUGUGGCACUGAAACACAACAAAGAGCUUCUCUUGGCUGUGGCAAUUUCUCAGACUUUCCUUGUUGAUGACCUGGACAGUUUUGAGGGGUUCUGUUAUCAGAGACUGUUGCAGACGAUUGCUGUACUUGAGGCUCAGCGUUCUCAAGCAGUCCAGGACCUUGAAAAUUUAGGCAGACACCAGAGAGAAGCACUAAAAAAUCCCAUCGGGUUUGUGGAAAAACUCCAGAAGAAGGCUGAUAUAGGGCUUCCAUAUCCACAGAGAGUUGUUCAGUUGCCUGAGAUUGUGUGGGACCAAUAUACCAAUAGCCUUGGGAACUUUGAAAGAGAAUUUAAAAAUCGUAAAAGACAUACUAGGAGAGUUAAGCUAGUUUUCGAUAAAGUAGGUUUACCUGCUAGACCAAAAAGUCCUUUAGAUCCUAAGAAGGAUGGAGAAUCCCAUUCAUAUUCUAUGUUGCCUUUGAGUGAUGGUCCAGAAAGCUCAAACAGUCGUCCUCAGAUGAUAAGAGGACGCCUGUGUGAUGAUACCAAACCUGAAACAUUUAACCAACUGUGGACUGUUGAAGAACAGAAAAAGCUUGAACAGCUACUCCUAAAAUACCCCCCUGAAGAAGUAGAAUCUCGCCGGUGGCAGAAGAUAGCAGAUGAACUAGGCAAUAGAACAGCAAAACAGGUUGCCAGCCGAGUGCAGAAGUAUUUCAUAAAACUAACUAAAGCUGGCAUUCCAGUCCCAGGCAGAACACCAAAUUUAUAUAUAUACUCCAAAAAGUCUUCAACAAGCAGACGACAGCACCCCCUUAAUAAGCAUCUCUUUAAACCUUCCACUUUCAUGACUUCGCAUGAACCACCAGUGUAUAUGGAUGAAGAUGAUGACCGAUCCUGUUUUCAUAGCCACAUGAACACUGCUACUGAAGAGGCAUCAGAUGAAGAAAGUAUUCCUAUCAUGUAUAGGAAUUUACCUGAAUAUAAGGAACUAUUAGAGUUUAAAAAGUUAAAGAAGCAGAAACUUCAGCAAAUGCAAGCUGAAAGUGGAUUUGUGCAACAUGUGGGCUUCAAGUGUGAUAACUGUGGCAUAGAACCUAUCCAGGGUGUUCGGUGGCACUGCCAUGAUUGUCCUCCUGAAAUGUCUUUGGAUUUCUGUGAUUCUUGUUCAGACUGUCUACAUGAAACAGAUAUUCACAAGGAAGAUCACCAAUUGGAACCUGUUUAUAGGUCAGAGACAUUUUUAGACAGAGACUACUGUGUGUCCCAGGGCACCACUUAUAAUUACCUUGACCCAAACUACUUUCCAGCAAACAGAUGACAUGGAAGAGAACAUCGUACACUAGUCCUCUUCAACACAUAGCAAUGGUAUCAUUGUGAAUUAUGUGCACAGUUUGGAAAGAUUCUCUGCUUUCCCUGAAAUGACACUCACAGCAUGACGGCUUCCUGAGUGUUCUCGUCAAGUCCAGCUCUGCACCGUUGUGGCUCUAGAUCACUGUUCAGCGGCUGAACAUUCCUGGUGAGCAAAGGGUUUCCCUGGUGAAUUUCUCACCACCACCUAGAUGGUGAUCGUAAAUGGGUGAGAUGGGAACGAGUGCACACAUUAAAGAGAGAGUAAAUUCCAAAGGUUUCAAAGAACUUGGUCAUAAAUAUGAUAAUGAGAAGAUAAAGUAUUUAUAUUAAAAACUUAGUAGCUUUCAGUUUUGUGAAAAUAGUUUUCAGCACAGAAACUGACUUCUUUAGACAAAGUUUUAACCAAUGAUGGUGUUUGCUUCUAGGAUGUACACUUUAAAAGGACUCACUGUCCCAGUGGUGGCCACUGAGGGCUGUUAGUAAAUCAGAGCUGCUUAACCAUAUUGAUGUCUAAUUUCUUUUAACCACAAUGAACUGUCCUUAUUACCAACAGCGAAGCACUACAGGAGGCAACUGUGGCAUUGCUCCUUAACCAGCUCAUGGUGUGUGAAUGUUAUAAAAUUGUCACUCAGAUAUAUUUUUUAAAUGUAAUGUUAUAUAAGAUGAUCAUGUGAUGUGUACAAACUAUGGUGAAAAGUGCCAGUGGUAGUAACUGUGUAAAGUCUCUAAUUCACAACAUUAAUUCCUUUAAAAUACACAGCCUUCUGCCUCUGUAUUUGGAGUUGUCAAUGCAACUCAUCAAAGAAAACUGCCUAAUAUAAAAAUCAUAUAUAUGGUAAUAAUUUCCCUCUUUUGUAGUCUGCACAAGAUCCAUAAAAGAUUGUAUUUUUAUUACUAUUUAAACAAGUGAUUAAAUUUAGUCUGCGCAGUGAGCAAGAGUUCACAUGCAUUCUUUUAUACUGCUGGAUUUUGUUGUGCAUCAUUUAAAACAUUUUGUAUGUUUCUUCUUAUCUGUGUAUACAGUAUGUUCUUGAAUAAUGUUCAUUUGUCAGGAGAACUGUGAGAAAUAAACUAUGUGGAUACUGUCUGUUUAUAUUAUAGAAUGCUUGUUGUGACUUCCUUUUGGUUAGAUUUUGGGUUUUUUUACUAGUGUUAAAAUCAAAACUUUUUUUUUUAAGGGUUUGCUUUACCUAUCUGCCCUUUAAAAAGAGUAAAGACUAUAUUCUGGAAAAGAGGGUGAACUUGAGAAGCUCUGUAAAUGAAGAUAAUGUUUUUACUCAGUGUAUGCUGAGACACUAAAUUAAACUAGGUUACAAAAAAGAACACAUACCAUGGUUAAGGAAAAAGCCAAUUAAAUGUCCAGAUGUGAAACCUAAACUUAGGUUGAAAAAUUUUACUCAUUCUUUUUGAUGAAAAUAAGCCCCCCCCACCAUGUAUUUAAUUUAAACAGGUGGUCAUUGAAAACCACUGUAUUCCCUGAAAUUAUUAUUGACUAUUGGAAAAGAUAAUACAAAUACUCUAAAAUUAAAGUACUAUACUGGCCCAAUUUAUAGAGCCUCCUAUUUUUGCCAGUUUUAAAUCAAAGCAAUGUUACUUAUUCAUUCUCUUCAAUAGAUUGUAGGGUACUAAAAUCAACCCUGAAUUUUUUUAACUGAAAAAGUAAUAUAGUUUAAAAUACAGAAAUAGAAUUUUAAAGUAAUAUAUUGGUUAAAGAUUACUUAUGAUGUUGAUAAAAAAUAUCAGAAAGAAAAGAAAAUGGACUUGAGCUUAACUUCUCACCGUGGAGUUACUAGUUGGGGUAGGGAGAAGGGGAUCUUCAGGUUUCUGGGCAUUUUGAUACUAAAUGUUAAGUGAAUAUGCCAAAAGAUGGACCUUCAACUUGUAGCAAGACAUUAGUAGCGCUAGAUGGUAACUUCCAUAACUUCCUUGUUCUGUAGAAAUAACAUCGAAUAGUUUUGGAAAACUAUUCAGAUCCAUUCAGAAAUCCACAGAAGCAUGAGUAUGCUAUGGAAAAGGGCUGUGAGUGACACAGUUGUUACGUAAACAGAAUAGACAAGCCGGAUCCACUUAAAUGUAUUUUUUAAGGGCAAAGAUGAUGAGAAUUUUGCAUGGCAAUGAGGUUUAUUUCUACUUGAGCAGAAAUUUUAUUUGCAUAUUUUUAGCUCCAAGCUAAUAGUCCUGGCUUUCAAAGGCCCUGACGGGUUGCAGUAGUGUUGAUGUGCGGUGGUGGCGGUGGCUUUAACUUGAGGACUGCAGGAGUGGACAGGGCUGUCAUUGGCAGGUUGGCCUUCCAUCUCCUGCAGUGAGGUACUGGCUCUAGGAGACAGUGGAGACCUACCCUACAGCAUUGCUUUUAAAGUGUAUUUAGUAGGUCAGAUGUAUUUCCUUAAAUAUUGUACUCAAGUUACUUGCUAAGAACUGAAGGAACUUUUAAUGGCACCAAAAACCACUGCUUUAGGAUGUGGGCAGAGGUGGUUUUGAUUGGUAUGUGUGCACUAAUAAUAGCCAACAUGGAUGUAGUGUUUACUGCAUGUAUAUUUGCCUAGCAGCAUAUAGCAAUGGAUUUAAUUCUCACAAUGUUAUAAGGUAGGUUCAUGUGUUAGACUGUUUUCAUAAGAGGAAAUCUAGCCAGGGAAGUUAAAUAAUUUGCCCACGGUCAUAUAGUUAGUCAAGUAGCGAUACUUGGAUUUUAACUUAGAUUGCUCCAGAGUCAGCCUCUGCUUCACUGCUCCAUUUCCUCAGCAGGAACACUCCCUCUGUGACCAGCGUCAUUAAGGUGUCGGAGGUGGAGAGGUGCAGUCCUUUCUUCCUGGUGUGGGGUCCUAGAGUACAGACCUGAGCACCUGUCCAGGUUCAUAGCACAGAAGAGAGAAAGUGUUAUCUGUUGAUGGGGAGAAAGCACUGAAAUGGUCUGUCCUGGUGAAUUAGAAAAACACACAUAUGUAUAACUCACAUAUUCUGAUUUGACAGCAAACAUAUGGUCAUGAGGUUUUAGGCAAAGUUCAGACAGUUCGGACUAAGGCUUGUGUCUCCUGCCUCAGUAGAAUUUGUUUCCAUGCAUGUUUGGUGCCUCUCACUUAACCUAAUAGUGUUCAUUAAAACUUUAUCCAUUUUUCUCCCCUUUCUCCUUGUGCUUAAAUUAAAUUGCAGAACAUAACAGUUUACUGAGGUAUGAGAAUCUUUUAUUUUUUUAAUGAAAUAGUAUUUCACAUGUACUAAGGAUAAAUACUGUUUUGUGAAAUUUUUUAGUUAUGUGUGUGGCAGAUCAUAUGAACCGUAGUUCUUACUGUGAAUAACAGUGUGAAGGCCAUUGUUCUUGAUACACUUGAUGGAAUUGGAAGUCUCCAGAUAACUAGUAGGUUUUCCCACAAGAUUAUGGAGGCAUUGUCUCUUUUAGGCUAUGAAAUAUUUGACUUUAUUUCUUUCUUACCUUGAAGAUGAAAAAUGUGCCUCUGUUUAUAUGGUCCCAAAACACACCCUUCCCCAGCCCCACCCGCCUUUUUUAAAAAACACUUCAUGUAGCUGAUAAAAUGGAUUUUUGAGAGCAGAGCAGUGUCACAUUUAGCUCCAUGAGGACAGAGACCGUCCAAGUCUGUCUGUACCCCGGGGCCUAGCUCUUAGUAGGUUCUUAGUGAGUAUUCAUUGGUAGUAUGGCCAAGGUUUGGGUAGGAGUGAGGAGGUACCACCAAUGCCUGAGUGUGCCUGUGGGACCCUUUGAGGGCUCACUGCUCAGGGUAUCUCCUUCAGAGGACUCUUGAGAGGACUGAAGAAUUGCAUCCUACCUUGUGGUUCAACCCUGGGUGGCUGAGAAGAUUGUGAUUUUUCUCGGGGCCCCCAGUUAGCCACAUAUCUGAAUUCUCUACCAUGUUGGUAGAGUGCUGUAAUGGAAAGGGCACCAGCUGGGAAUUCUGGGUCCCAGUCCCAACUGUGGAAGUGAGGCUCUCAGUACAUAUUGACAUAGAACUACCUUUUAUUGAGCACUAGGAACUAGUAAAUGAUUUACAUGUAUGAUUAAGUUGUUUAAUCUUAACAACACCUCUGUGAGGUUGCUUAAUGAACACUAUUACGAUCUCUACUGUACAGAUGGGAAAACUAAGGUACAGAAGAUUUGAAUGUUAGCUCUCAGAAAUAAUUGCCAUGUAUGGGACUGAGGAUGCAAAGCCUGGCCCUUGUAGAGAUUAUAGUCUAAGGCAGAAGACCAGCCAUCAACAAGUAAAUAAAAAAUAUGUAAUUUCUAGGCAAAGAUAAAUGCAGUGAAGAAAAAUAAUGCUUGAAGAAAAAUGGAAGAAUGAGGACCAGUCUGUCCCCUUAAAUGGAAUAAUCAAAGAACGCCUCAAUGACAUGCAAUUUGAACAAAGACUUGAAUGGAGUGAGGGUUCCAGUCUUGUGGAUAAUGUGGAGGAAGAAGGAGGAGGAUAGCAACAGUAAGGGCCCUGAUCCAAAGAAGAGCUUGGCUUGUUCAAACAGCAGUAAGAGGGCCAGCAUAGCUGGGCUGAGUGAGAGCAGAGCGGUAGUUGAUAGGGAGAGAGAGGGUACAGGGCCAGAUCAGGUGAGGCCUUGAAUGUAGACCACUGUGAAGGAGUAGGGACUGUAUUCUGAUGUCUUCUACACACACACAAGGUCUUUUGCUGGGGAUAGACCUCCAAGGGCCUUUCCCGCUUUAAAAUUCUGUGAUGUUUAAGUAGUGAUGUCAUUUCAAGCCAUUCAAAUCACUGAUGUGUUUUAGCAGUUCUGUAAAAGACUUGAUAUGUACUUCUAGAUACUCUCUUCAGGGACAAAGCCAUUUACCCCUGUUGAUUUCUUUUCAAGAGGGCAGCCAGCUACAGCUGUGAAAGCUGUGGCUGGGCCUGCCUGCGGCCCUGCUGUCUUGCUUCCCUUGCCCAGGCUGUCAGAGCUGUGGUGGGCAUGGCUGUGUUCGCCAGUACGUGGUAUGUGAUUACAGAAUGUUAGUCCCUACGAAGAGUCAUUUUUUGUUUUCUGGAACAACUGAUAAUUUUCAUCCUGAACUCUCUUUCUAAUUUGCUCAAAUACUCCUUGUGCUCCCUUUAGAGCAUGUGACAAUGUGGGGUAGUAAUAAAGUACUUGGCAACUGUGUGAGUUGUAGGAACACUCCCCUUUUUGUUAAUAAUAGAGGCAUAACUGUAACCAAAGAAAUUUAAUUACUUCUUUAGCAAACACUGACAUUUCUGUUUAAGAAUGACUGCUAGAAAAAAAGGAGAUAUGCAACUUACCAUGUGUCAUGAAUACCCUGAGAGUUCUCUCUGUAACAGCUCAAAACUGAUCUAUGGCCGAAAUUAAAACCAUAUGAGCAUAUUAUAAAUUUUAACUAUUACUGUGUUUGCUUCUAAUUCUGUUUGGAAUAAGGCUUCAAAUGAUUUCCAGAGUGAUGUGAGUUACAAAUAAAUAGAAAAAGAGUUA